AUGGCUCCAGGAACCAGACGCGCCAAUCGAAGCGGCUACGCCGAACACGAUGACUUUGAAGGUCUGCCGGUGCGACAAUGGCGGCAGGAGUGGGUGAAUGUGGCACCUCCGUUGCCUCAAGAACCAAUUCAACAGAACGACAUCUGGGCCAUUGAACUCAUUCAUGGAAUGCCAAAAGACUCGGCAUUAUUGGCACCGCAUAGCCAGGAGUUACUUCGAGCUGCACGGUCCGGACGAUUAUACAAACGACCUGCUCCGACUGAAGAGGAGGAGGCCGACACAGAGACGGCACAGAACGCCGAAAAGAAUGAGAAGAAGGAGGAGGAAACGGCAGUACCGGGAUUUUCCAUCAAACUUUGGAAGCAGAUUGCACGAAAUAAUGAAGGCUCGGGCUUGUCUCAUCUGGCGAAACGGAGAAAGGGCACAGUAACGAUCGCCAGCAAGACUAUCGAAGACAGGGCUACGGGUCCUACUGUCACCAGAGCAACUGUGCGAAGAAUAGAUGCAGCCGGAAACCCGUACACUGAGGAGGUUACAUUGGCCGAUGGUCAGCAUGUCGUAGGAGAAAUCAUCUCCACGCGCGUCGAGACUGCUCCAACAGGCGCAACGGAUGCCUUUGUUGCCCCGGCACCACCACCCAGACGACGACCACCACCACCUAAGAGAAAGUCCAAGGCCGGUCCUGGGCGCGGCAAGAAGAAGAUCAAGAAUCCUCUUCCUGGCGAGGGUCAGACUGCAGGUGUCGCACCGGUUGCUGAUGGUACGGCUCCGGUCGUGAAGGCCGAAGGUCAAGGAGAAGCCGACACCGCUCAGGAAGGCGUGGGAACACCCAAUCCUGAUAGUGAAAUGGCCGAAGGCGACGAUGAUGAUGACGAUGACGAGGGCGACGAUGGUGACGAUGGCGAUGACGAUGAUCAAGAAGAUGGUGAACGCCAGGGUGAUGAUGCCAACGACUCCAAGGUUCAGGACGAAGAAAUGACGGAUGUUGUGGAUGAGCCCAAGCCUCCAACUCCUAGCAAACCGGUCGUUGACGCCAUGGAUGGUAUUUCGCAAACUGAUGCAGUGCCUCCCAAUCCUCUCACGUUGGCGCCACCCCUCGCGAGUCUUGCCACUGGUUCACCCAAGACAGAAGGCAGCCCAUUAAAGAAUGUGAUGCUCCAAUCGCCCACCGAAGCGCAGGCGCCAGUAGCGUUGCCGCCAACGACAGAUGCUUUGACAGAGUCUGCGCCGGAACCCGAACCGGUACCAGAAACGGCUUCAGUGCCGGGUUUGGCCCUUGAACCAAGCCAUCUGACCGACGGCGAAUCCAAGACGGAGUCCAUGAUUGCUGAGCCACCAUCGACAGUUGCUGGUGACGAGGGUAAGGCUCCAGCGGACGUAGACGUUGCAAUGAGUGAAGUAACAACCCAAGAACCUCCCAAAGCCGCCGAGCAUGUCGACAUCGAGAAUGUUGAGCCAUCACGGAGUGAAGAACCCCCCCAGGAUCCAACUCCCCCAAGGAUAUCAAGCCCGGAUGUGGCAUCGAGAGAAUCAGCAUUGUUGCCCCCUCCGCCUGACCAAGUCGGCAAUAUCUCGAGCCCAAAGGCAGAAGACGGUCAUGACAGAGUUUCUGACAAUGAGAACAAGAGCAAGGAUAAUAACCAAAACGAGUCGGCUGUUGUCCCCGAGCGCCCACCGUUACAUGCGCAUGAUUCCGUUAUGACCGAGGACACCAUCAAGCCGGAGGACUCUGCAUCAGUCAGGUUCCCAGAGUCUGGGGCUCCUUCAGAAGUUGGGACUGCAUCAGCAGAGGACACAAAGGACUCUGCAAUGACCGCCCCAGCGGAAGCAAUGGAGGUGGACCAGAAAGAUCCGUCCCCAGAGCAAAUCUCUCCAGUCACAGGAGCGAAGGAAGACGAGCCUGCCCUGUUUCAUGCAGUGCCUGUUGUUGAAGAGACAGAGCCUUCAGGGGAGACGAAAGACGAGACUCCUAAGGCGGCCACUCCUCCUUUGCUCGACACAGCUGUAGCUGACGCCGCCGAACCCAAAAUCUCGCCGCCUGUCGUUGACACAGCACCGAUUCCCGAAACCAAGGAGCCUAGUCCUCCCGCCCCACUGCCAGAGAUAACUAAUGACGAACCUGUGGCUGCUCCUCCUGAGCCAGAGAAAUCGCCCCUUGAGGAGCCAUCAGUUGAAAAGGCUGACGUUGCUGUAGAGGAAGAGAACCCAGAGCCCCCUGUGGAGCAGGCAGAGCCUGAAAGGGAGGAAAUCAAGGAUGAACCUGUGGAAGAACUUGUGGAAGAACCGAAGAUUGAGCCAAUGCCAGAACCAGCCGCCGAGCCGGUCGCAGAAGCAACGCCUACUGAUCUUCCAGCAGAAAAUACAGCGCUUCCUGUUCCCCCCGCGCCUGUCGAGGUUCCAGUGACGGAAGCAGUUCCAGAACCUCAACCUGUAGAGGCGGAAGAAAAGAAGGAAGACCCGCCAGCCAAUGCGUAG